CAGAGCGGCGGAGUCAGUGGAGGGACGGAGCAUAUAUAGGGGCGGGGUCAGCUUCAGACAGCAGCCAUGUUGGUUCUGCUCUGGUUAUUGAUCCUGAUGAUGAUGAUGAUGAUGAUGAUGAUGAAGAGUGACGCUGCCUCUCCAGAGACGGUCAGGGCCCUGAGUGGGGAGGCGGUCCUGCUGUCCUCCCAGCUGCGGGGGGGUUUGGAGGGGGGCCAGGACGUCCGGUGGACCCACCCCCGCCUGCUGCUGUCCCUGAAGAACAACGUGACGACGUGUCACCACGGCCGCUGCUCGCUGCAGGGAGACGGCUCGCUGAGGUUCAGCCGCGUCACGCCAGCAGACGCAGGAAACUACAGUCUGGAGGUCUUCAGCGCUGGGGGGGCCAGACUGCUGCACAGGGACUUCCUGCUCACUGUGGGGGGGUCUGCAGAUAUCAGCAGCAGCAGUGUGUUGGUGCCGGUGUUGAUCUGCUGCUUCCUCUUCCUCUUCCUGCUGUUCUUUAUCAUCUUCUUCAUCCUCAGAAGGAGGCGGAGCCAGAGCACAAGGAGCACAGGUCGACUGGAGGAAAAUGUUUACAUAGAGAUGCAGAGUCACCAUGGCAACCAGAUGAAUGAUAAGGAGAAGUCUCAUUAUGUUCCCUGUCAUCCUGUCGUUUCCACGGAAACCCCAAUCACAGAGCCGAGGUCUGUGGACGAAGAUGACAUCUACGUGUGACGACCAAUCAGAACCCUCCAUUUCCCUUCAGUCUGGUGUCCUGUCUCAGUUAUUAAUAUGAAAAUAAACUUUAGGAUGUUUCAGUU